AUGAAGAGACAAAGAUCACAGUCAUGGGAACCUUAAAGUUUUGAAAAUAGCGAAUUAAUGCGUUAGCAAUCAGAAAGGCCAAUUAAUGAUCAAAAUAGCAUAUUUUCUAUGAUUGUGAAUCAUAAUUUAAUAAAGGAUAUUUCAAUUAUUGAUACGUACAAGGAGGUUGAUAACAUAUCGAUGCACAAAAAGCAUUUUGUUAAUUACGUAAUAAAAAUUAAGACCGAUUACUUUGAUUAUACAGUAGCGAAAAGAUAUUCAGAAUUUGAAAAACUUUAUGAUUAGAUUUCGAAUAUUUUACACAAACUGCCUAAAUUUCCAGAAAAGAAGUUAAUUAAAUCGAAUUCAAAAAAAAAUAUUGCCGAAAGAAGAGAAAUGUUAGAAUGUAAUUCUAUAAUCAAAUCUUAUACUAGAGCUACUGAAAUACAUUUUAAGAAAUCUAAACAAUCAAAUGCACUACUUUUUAAACUUUUUAAAUAUAUAAUGUGA